GCCUUUUCUUCUCAUUCCCUCACGUCUCUCUCUCUCUCCCGGCCCUCUUUUCUUUUCUUCAUCAAUAUCCAUCUUCUUCUUCUUCCUUCAAAUUAAGGAGAAAAGAGAGAUGGGUAAUUUUUUUCUUGAAGAAGAGAAGGCUCUUAUUGGUAAUUAUCACAAUGGACAUGACUCCUUCAUGGACAACCUUGAAGAGAAAGUAAUUCCUGUGCUGAAUCCAUCUUUGGACGGUGGUGAUCAUUUCGAUGAUGAUGAUGGUGAUGGUGAAUCCAGCAACCAUGAUUCAAUUGAUUCUCUGGAGAGGAACUCAUAUUGGGAAGCACAAGAGGCUUUGCUUCAGGAAGUGUUAGAACGAAAUAGCUUAACAGGAUCAAAAUUAAGGCAAGAGGUGAGCAGAAUAAUAGAGCAAGCGAAAGAGAAUAGCUUCUGCAAUUGCCACAAUGAUGCACACUGCACUCAUUGUUUACGUCAAAGAGUAGUACAUUUGCUCACUGAGAAAGGCUUCCAUGCCUCUCUCUGCACUUCUAAGUGGAAACACACCAAGAAGUUCCCUGGAGGGAAGCAUGAGUACAUUGAAUUGAUUGCGAGCACGCAAGGACGCAAGAAGCAAGUUACAUAUUUGAUAGAACUGGAGUUCAGAGACCAGUUUAAGAUAGCGAAAGCUUGUGAAGAGUACCGGAAACUCAUUGCUCGCUUGCCAGAAUACUACAUAGGAAAACCAGACUAUCUGAACGCCAUUGUUUGUGUUCUCUGCGACGCAGCCAAGAGAUCAAUGAAGGAGAAGAAACUCCACAUGGGUCCAUGGAGAAAGAGGAGAUUCAUGCAGAUGAAAUGGUCGAGUUCCUUCGGAAGGAGAGAGUCUCUUCCUGAACCUUUCAGCAUCUCUAAGUUGUCUACAGCUCCAGCUGUGGUUGUCACAUAAAGUUUUGGCACCUGAUGAUCAUCACCUCUUUAAAGCAAAUUGUAGUAAUAGUGUACUUCUUCCAAUUUUGGUUAGUACUGUGAGUUCUUUUUGCCUUCUCACAUGUCACUUUGUUACCAUUAGAAGAUGGUGUGACAUGUGAGUAAAAGUGCUCGUGAUCUUAGUCUAAAGUCGAGAGUUUAAGAGAAUAAGGGAGCCAUUGUCGGGUAAUGUAAGUUGUGAGUUUUGGAUGCUAUUAGAACAUUGCAAUCCAAAUUCAUAUAACAAAAUAGUUGAUGCUA